AUUUUUUUAAAAAAAAAAUAAAUAAAUAAAAUAAGGGAGGGGAAAGCACGACGGCUAUGGAAUCUUCAGCCUCCUCUACAACCCAGAAUGCGGAGGACUUGGAACUUGAACAGGUGCGGUCAGAUCUACAUGCCUUGAAGAUAUUGUAUGGGCUACUCCGCAAGAGGGAGAACGACUCAGAGAACACACUUCGGGAAACUGAAGAUUGGCUAGAUGAGAAGUCGAGGGCUUUUCUAGUGAAGCUGCUCGACGAGGCUACUCGGCGGGCUCUCAGGAGACAGGCUAAGAUGCUAUCGUGCGCCGUGUUAUCACCUUCAAUAUUGGAUUUGGCUCAAAGAAGGCGACUGGACCAAGCCAGUGAUUCUGCCGUAGAAGAGGUCGCAGUGUUGGACUAUCACCGUAAAUGCCAUCAGUCGGAGCACGCGAGUUCAACGGCAGAAGCUUCUCCCGGCGGUAACCCAGGCCCAUCUCGCGAGGGACUCCGUUUGUUGAAACGCCUCGAGUCGCGAAGGUCCGUUCUUAGCCAGGAUGGCUCAAAGCACGGCCAUGAACGUCCGAUUCGUCGGGACCUCGAUCGUGCCGGUAUCGACCGUUCGUCGGAGACCAGGAAGAACGCCGACCAUGUAAUCACUCCUGUUGAUGAGCUGACGCGUCAACAACAUCUACGGCCAAUUGCGAAGCCGCCUUGUAGGAGCCCCACAAAGCAUGCUGCGGUGGCCGCCGGCUAUAACUCAGGGGAGCCGGCUCACAAGAGAAGCCGGCUUGAGUCAGAAGAUGAGCGACCCGGUCGGACUCCAAGCCGGGUCCGCACAGAUCGCCGGACCGAACGCGAGUUGACUCGGGUCAAGAGUAACAGGUUUCCGAAGGAACCACGGGUCAAGGAGCGAGCAGAGCGCGCUCACGGGCCCGAGCUAAACGUCGCCGUGCACGUGCUACGUAGGAGCGGGAGCCUAAAAGGUGGACGGCUCGAGGAGCCUGGCUCUCCAGAUCGGAGGGCCCAGAUUUCGCAACCUAAGAAGCGAGCUGAUCAAGGAAAGGUUGAGGGAAAGGAAAUCGUCAAACUUUCCAGCAGACGUAGUAGGAUCGCCGCACCGGAAAAGCCGCCGAGUCGCGAAGAAGCGCGAGUAGAUCGGGUUAAGACGAGUCGCGAACUCGGUCGUCGACGUUCACGCCUCGUGGAAAGAGAGAACGGAGGCACGACCGAUCGGGUGGGCCCGUCGCGGACAAACCGGCCACCCAUAAACCCGAGUAAGACGAGGUCCAGCAAGGCUCGUUACUCCUCUUCAUCUGGCAGCACAACUCGGUCGUCGGACUCAGGGAGCUCUCCCGGAACCACAAGUGCGACCGAGUCCCACUCGUCGACGCGGAGCGCUCGUGAGAGAACUGCGAGUGCAAGUGCUUCAGCAAGGAACGGCAAACACCGAGGAGAGGUCCCGCGACGAGCAGUGGGUCCCAGCGUGCCACGUCGGCACCAGGCGGGGCCGAGUCAAGCAGCUCCAACGGGCCACCAUGCGUCCGAAGAGAGGCGCCCGCGACGUCGGAGACCACCUGCAGCUGCCAAAGCGGACCGCCUGCAGAUGAAACCGGCCGACCAGCGAGAAGGCCGGCUGAGGCGGCUCAGGAACAAGCUGGCGAUCGUCUUCCACCACCAGCACCGCCACCACCAUUUCCAUCACCACCACCACCAUCCGGGACACGCGGACGGCGACAGUUCGAGCCAGGAGGAGGGGGAGGAGGACGACGACGACGGGGCCCACCGCCGGGAGAACCAUCACAAAAGAUCCCCGUGGGGGUACCUCCGUCGGAUCCUACACCGCGCGAGCGAUGAGGAGGAUCGCGGGGAACGAGCGGCGGAGAAAGUGGUGCCGGCUCACCACCAGCACGGGCACGUGCGCGCGCUCUUCGAAGCGCUGCUGACCCACGUGUGGGGCACGAGGAGGAGGCGGAGGAAGCCGGUCCGAGCGAACCGGCCCGGUGUUGGGAGAAGCGCGAGCCGGCUUCGGCUGAGGAAGUUGCAUUGGUGGCAGAGGCUGCGGAGACGAGGUGGCGUGAAACUGGGCGAUAGUAAGAAGCCACCUCUCAGGCUGGGACGAAAAUAAGAUAGAGAUUUUCCGUAUCAUUUUGUAAACAACACUUACGCAGGUGUUCUAUUUUAUUAUUUUUAUACAUUGUUAAAA